GCGGCCGUGCCCGCAGCGCGGAGCUGUCCGCGGUGCUGACCGCCGCCGGCCAUGGGCCCGCCGCCCGCCCUGCUCCUGCCGCUGCUCGCCGCGCUGCUCCGCGCGCCCGCGCACGGAUUGAACGGGCUGGCGAGGAAGGCUGGGGAGAGCGCCGAGGCCGAGGGGGAGCCGACGGCACUGCCCACACCGGCGGAGCGGGAGGCGGAGGCUCGCUUCGUGAGCACAGCGCCCACGCUGAAGCUCCUCAACCACCACCCGCUGCUGGAAGACUUGCUGCACGAAGCCUUCCUGAAGAAGGACUACCUGGGCCAGGCGCCGUUCCUGCCCGCUGGCCCUGGCCCCCUCCUGCCUGCCGGCACCCUCCAGCUGGACCCCGGGCCCCCGGCCCCCGAGGCCCCACCGCGCACCCCUGCCCUGCCCAGGGCUGCCUUCCCCACCGACCCGCUGACCACGCCGGCAGGGCGCCCGGGGCCAUGGGGGGAGGCAUGGGGGGCCGUGCCAGGUGCUGACCCCUCAUGGUCCCCAACCAGGGUGCCAGAGUCAGGCCCCGUGUCCCCCAGCCAGGCACCCACCACUGCUGGCACAUCCCUGGGACCCCGUGCCGGGGCUGCCAUGGUCCCUGGGGAUGAGGAGGGGACCACCACCACCUCCACCAUCACCACUACCACUGUCACCACGCUGCAGGGGCCAGCCCCCUGCAACCGGACUCUCGCGGGCCCUGAGGGAUGGCUGGUGUCCCCGGAGCCAGCCGCCGUCCCCUACGAUGGCAGCCUGGACUGCACCUACACUGUCUCCGUCUAUCCUGGCUACGGCGUGGAGCUCAAGGUACAGAACAUCAGCCUGGCAGAGGGGGAGACGCUGACGGUGGAGAGCGCGGGGGGCCUGGAGCCCACCCUCCUGGCCAACGAGUCCUUCCUGCUGCGGGGCCAGGUCAUCCGCAGCCCUGCCAACCUCCUCACCCUCCGCUUCCAGAGCCCUCAGCCCCUCAGCCCCGGCUCCUACCGCUUCCGCUACCAAGCCUACCUGCUGAGCUGCCCCUUCCCGGCGCGGCCGGCUUUCGGGGAGGUCUCGGUCAGCAGUCUGCACCCCGGUGGGGACGCCCGCUUCCGCUGUGCCACUGGCUACCAGCUGCAGGGCGCCCGCCGGCUCGUCUGCCGCAAUGCCACCCGCCCCUUCUGGAGUGCCCGCGAGCCCCUCUGCCUCGCGGCAUGUGGUGGGGUGGUCCGGAACGCCACGGUGGGACGCAUCGUCUCUCCCGGCUUCCCCGGGAACUACAGCAACAACCUGACGUGCCACUGGCUGCUGGAGGCACCCACCGGCCACCGCCUGCACCUCCACUUUGAGAAGGUCUCACUGGCAGAGGAUGAUGACAGGCUCAUCAUCCGCAACGGCAACAAUGUGGAGGCGCCGCCGGUGUAUGACUCCUACGAGGUGGAGUACCUGCCCAUCGAGGGGCUGCUCAGCACCGGGCGCCACUUCUUCGUAGAGCUCACCACCGACAGCAGUGGGGCUGCUGCGGGCAUGGCGCUGCGCUACGAGGCCUUUGAGCAGGGGCAUUGCUAUGAGCCCUUUGUCAAGUAUGGGAACUUCACGGCCAGCGACCCGCGGUACCCUGUGGGCACCACGGUGGAGUUCAGCUGCGACCCCGGCUACACGCUGGAGCAGGGCUCCACCAUCAUUGAGUGCGUCGACCCCAGCAACCCACAGUGGAACGAGACGGAGCCGGCAUGCCGCGCGGUGUGCAGCGGGGAGCUGACGGACGUGGCUGGCGUGGUGCUGUCACCCAACUGGCCAGAGGCGUACGGCAAGGGCCAGGACUGCAUCUGGGGGCUGCACGUGGAGGAGGACAAGCGCAUCAUGCUGGACGUCCGCGUGCUGCGGCUGGGCACGGGGGACGUGCUGACCUUCUAUGAUGGGGACGACCUGACGGCGCGCAUCUUGGGCCAGUACACGGGUGCCCGCGGCCGCUUCAAGCUCUAUGCCUCCACCGCCGAUGUCACUGUCCAGUUCCAGUCCGACCCUGGCGCCGGCACCUUUGCCUAUCGGCAAGGCUUUGUCAUCCACUUCUCUGAGGUCCCCCGUAAUGACACCUGCCCCGAGCUGCCGGACAUCGCUAACGGCUGGAAGACGUCCUCGCAACCAGAGCUGCUCCAUGGCACUGUGGUCACCUACCAUUGCUACCCCGGCUUCCAGCUGGCCGGCACCGACCUCCUGAUGUGCCACUGGGACUUGACAUGGAGCGGCGACCUGCCCUCCUGCGAGCGGGUGACCUCCUGCCGGGACCCUGGGGACGCUGAGCACAGCCGCAGGGUGGUUUCCAACCCUAAAUUCCCGGUGGGAGCCACUGUGCAGUACGUCUGCGACAAGGGCUACAUCCUGGCGGGCGCCGGGACCCUCACCUGCCACGACCGUGCCGCGGGGGGACCCAAGUGGAGCGACCGUCUCCCCAAGUGCAUCCCGGAGACCUACGAGCCUUGCCACAACCCCGGCGUGCCAGCGGGUGGGCGGCAGAGCCCCGAGCGGCGGCUGUACCCGGCGGGAGCCACCUUACGCUUCUCCUGCGCCGCCGGCCGGGCGCUGCUGGGCGAGGGCAGCCUGCACUGCCUGCCCGGGCACCCCUCACGCUGGAGCGGCUCGCCUCCCAUCUGCAAGGCGGCCUCCUACGAUGAGUUUUACAGCAACCGCAACCUGGAUGCCGUGGCCAAGGCUGUGCCCUCGGGGACGGCACUGGAGGGCACCAACGUCGCCAUCGCCGUCUUCCUGCCCGUGCUGGUGGUGGCCCUGCUCAUCGGGGGCAUUUAUCUCUACUUCUCCAAGCUCCAGGGGAAACCAGCCCUGCAGCUGCCCCUCGCCGGCUCCCACCCCUACGACCACAUCACCGUGGAGUCAGCUUUUGACAACCCCACCUACGAGACAGGAUCUGUUUUCUUUGCAGGAGACGAGGGAAUAUGAGGUGUCCAUCUAGGCGCGGGCAGCGUGGAGCUGGGCGCUGCCGCCACCACCCCUCCCGGGCCCCCCCGUGCCCGCCGGCCCCUGCCGAGGGCCGGGCACACCUCUCCCAAGGAGACUCAAGCCGAGCGCUCGAUAGGAGCGACCAGGGUGCCCGUCCACACCCCCGCCACCCCCAACCCACCCAGACCCCCAUGGGGGGGGUCUGUGUGAGCCCUGCUGUCACCCAGCCCCCUGCCUUGGGCUCACGGGGUGCUGAGCGGGGGAUCCCAUCCUGCCCCCCCACCCCGGUGCACAGCAGCUCCCCGGCCCCCGCGACGGAGGAGGGACCCGGGCAGGGGGCGUGGGGCUGUGGGGACCCCCCAGGUAUGGACAGGGCUCCCCGGGGCUGCAGUGGGGAGGGGGCAGCAGGACACCCUGCAAAGCCCCGGGGCGGGGGUGGGGGGGAGAGGGGCCUGGGAGGCCAUGAGGGUGGCCCCCACCCCUCGCCCCCCCCCCCCCCAGCACAGGGCCUGAUCCCCCCCCCCGCACCCCCAUGUCUCCCACCACCACCACGCAGGGACGUGCGUGUGUGUGCCCCCACCCCGUGCCCCGAGCAUGCUGCGUGUCCCCCUCCCGCCCCGCCCGCUUGCUUCGCCCUCUCCAGGGACGUCCCCGCUGCCACCGGCGUGUCCCCGCCGCACGUCCCGGCACCCCGCCGGGGCCGAGCCGGGGGUCCGGGCCGGGGGGGGGGCACCGGGCUCGGCUCUGCUCCCCCCGCCGCGUCCCGCCCGGGCGGUGACACCGGCCCCAACCCCCCCCCCCCCC